AUGGCUCUGCAACCUUCUCUCCGUCCUCUCAUUAUCGCAGGCAAACAUGAUGCUCCGCACACGCUCGAUGUCUUCCUCGAUUAUGUUUGCCCGUUCUCCGCCAAAAUGGUGCUCGUCAUCGAUGGCGUGCUGAAGCCCCUUUUAGGCUCUGGCGGAAAGUACGAUGGCAAGGUCAAGCUUAUCUUCCGCCCACAGGUUCAACCGUGGCACGCUACCUCUACAUAUGUACAUGAAGCCGGCCUUGCAGCCGCCCGCGUCUCCCCCGAGAACUUUUGGAAGUUCGCAACCACUCUUUUUAAAAGACAGGGGGAAUACUUCGACAUCCCUGCUUCCACCAUGACUCCUUUGCAGAUCCGCGAGAAACUCGCAGAACUGGCCGGAGAGACACUCGGUCGCGAUAAAGUAGGCGCGUUCCAACAACUCUUGGCACUCAAAUCCACUCCCAAUGGCGGAAAUGGGGUGACCGACGACGUGAAGUACACCGUGAAAUUCGCGAGACAGAACGGGAUACACGUUUCACCUACGGUGGUUUGGGAUGGAGUCAUUGCCGGCGAGAUCUCCAGCUCUUGGGGUGAGAAAGAGUGGUCCGAGUUUUUGCAGCAGAAGGUCGCUGUAUGA